AUGGGCGUCAUUUCCGCACUCGUUUUCUCCACGUGCCUUUGCAUCGCCGUGUUUGCCACCUCCGAUAUUGCUGGACCAUUGAGCGAUGACUUCCAAAAAUGGCUUGAUAGUAAUGGAUACAGUGGCUACGACUUCGUCCGAAGUGAUUACGGUAGCCAAGGGAGUUACGGAGGAAAGACUAAAAAUUCGCCAAAUGUUGUGAAUGUGCCCGUUAUUUUCAUCCACGGAAACUCGGAUGCUGCUCUUCAUCGAUCUUCGUCAGCAACAGGAUGGUCCAACUCGAUUGAAUAUUUUCUUGCUCAUGGAUACACUGAAGCUGAACUGUACGCAACUUCGUGGCAAGACACCAACGAAUUGAAAGCAAGCACAAGAACUCACGACUGUCAUACAAUGACGAGAAUGCGCAAAUUUGUAGAAGCUGUCAUCGCGUACACGGGAGCUCCGAAAAUCUCGAUUGUUUCCCACAGUAUGGGUGUUACAAUGGCGAGAAAGAUUAUCAAGGGAGGAUCUAUCGAAGCUCCAGAUGGAAAUUGCAAUCUUGGACUUCCAUUGAACAAGAAGGUUCAGGUGCUUGUCGGAAUCUCCGGUGCAAACUUUGGAUUGUGCAGCUGCGAAGGAGGAGGUGCCGUCAUGGAGAAGACAUGCAACAGAAAGAAUGGAUUCUGGCCAGGUGACUCGUGUGGAAUGAACUACCUGACUUGCGGUCUUUCGCCACUUCCAUGGCCAUGCUCAGCAGUUAAUUAUUCGACGUUCUUGAUGCAGCUCAAUUCGGACAAAAACAAGGAAGCUGAUUACGUGUUCAGCGCUUGGAGUCAUGCCGAUGAGCUUAUUGGUUAUAACGACAUGGUUUGGGGCCGAGCCACUUCUUUCAUUCCAACUUCCGAUGGAAAGAUCAAUUACGAAAUCUACACCCACAUGGAGAGCAAAGAAAACACUGCUGCAGAUCAGUAUCAAAUGGUCAAAUACCAAACAAUUCCCAAUCACUAA